AUGGCGGACCGGGACGAAGGAGAAGGCCCGGAGAUUAGCGGAGAACAGAAGAAAGAAAUUGCGAAAUGGUUACUCACGAACGCCCCUGCGGGAGAAAUUCAGUACGUGGCGAAAGGUGCAGUUUCUCUUCCUCCGCGAUCGGUUUUUCUUUUUGUCAAGGGGAAGAUUUCCGCGGGGGGUUCUUCUCUUUGUUUGUUGAAAAUGGUUGAGUUUGUGGCACAGAUGUUCGAUCGGUCCUCAUGGACGACGUAGCAUACGAGGCCGCGGCGGCCGUGGCGUUCCCCAUCUACAACAAAGCCCAUCUGCUGUCCCUAGCGAUGCCCGACCGCAGUGGCGAUGUGAGUUCUGAUCACUUUUUUUCUUUCCGAUUGUAUUUUAUAUUAUUUUUUCUCGGCAUGCUGCAUUACACGGCUUCGGCUUUACCUGCGCCUUUAUUUUCCGUGUGAUCAAUAUCUCGGCUAUAAAGGUGCUAUCGAAAUAAAAUUGGGUGUUUUCUUGGAAUACGUGUUCUAAUUCUCUGGGUAACUGGUUUCUUGGAAUCCCUUUAUAAGCUAAUUCUCUGAGUAACCGAUUAUUGACGAAUGGGUGAUCCGUGACUAUUUCUUUUAACAAUUCAUGUAAAUUAUUUCUGUAUGUAAUAGUGCAUAGAAGUUAAUCGCAUUCACCGUGUACUUAAGCAGAAAUUUUGAACAUUUUCUGAUGGCAAUGGGCCUGAACUGUUUGCACCUUUGACUUGUCAGUUAUGUUACAUGAAUUCUUCUUAUUUUCUGCUCUUCAAUGAUUUUUAUAUAUUUUUUUUCUUGUUCAUUAACCGUUGGAUUUCCGUUAAAAACCCCGGGUACUUCUUCACUCUCUUCACCAGUAAUUUUCGUGCUCUUUCUGGUCUUAAUUCUUUAUAUAUGAUCGUAGGUAAUCAUUUCAAAAUUUGGGGAGAUUGACAGUGAAAGUUUCCUUGAUCCAAGGACUGCACAAGUUGCCAUUGUGGACCAUGUCAAACAGGUAACUUAUUGAUCCAUCUACGUCCGUCUUUUUUAUUUGGUUAAUGAAAUAAUUGAAAACCUUUUUAUUUUAUUUCCGUUGAUUUCCCUAAAUUUGGAUGAGCAUAGUGUACCAUUUAUUUUCUUAUAUGCUCACCCAUGGUAAAUGUGAUCUUAAAAUGGCCGUUAAUACCAUCCAUCUCAUUUUUCUUCACUUUUUAAGUGAAAUUAUCAGAAAUUGUCUAUUUAUAAGUCUUAACUAUUUACGCUAUUUUAUUAAAUAUAAUAGGUAGAAAAUACGUGCAAUAGGAGGAUCAAUGUUGUUUAUUUUUCUAAUUUCGUUCUACGAAAAUCAAGGUUCGACUGUGAUGUUGACUUUUCGUCAAAGCAAAGAGUAAGGGUAGAAAGUAAGGUAUACUUAAUCAUACAGAAUAAUCUUCUGUGUUCCUUGCAUGAUGUUUAUUUCCAUUAAACGAUUCAAAAUUGGCUUUUACUCUCAUUUUUGUGUGAUCAUUGCACGGCAAUCUCUUCUAAUUUUGAAUCAGACAGUGGGAUGUCUACUACCAGCACAACGUUGUUGCUGAUGUAAUGUAUCAAGGAAAGGCUCUGGAACAAAUGAAACUAAGCUCAUCUGGUUGUAAAGAUUCUCAGAAUUUAACCUUAAUAAAUUGCCUCAUUUGUUCACGUCACAUAGGAAGAUUGCUUGAUUUGGUUUCGUAUCAAGAGAUAAAAGUUGAAAAGUGUGACGAGAUUUUACCAAGUUUUAGCUUUCACCAACUUAGUUCCAACUAGUGCGGGUUUGUGAUGAAAUAUUUAUACUCAUGAAUUUCAUACAAAACGUUUCAACCAGAUGAGUCAUAAUGUAGCCAGACAUGGGGAAAAUCAUGUUUUAUGACACGUUUACAGACAUUUCCUAGUAGUAAAAUCGUGGGAAUCUCUUUAUCCUAACUAUUAUUCUGCGCAGGCUUAUUUUAGUUGUCGAAUUGAAAUUUAUUCUAGAUGUUUUUAGAGGUGGAUACUUGUUUUUUGCAUUUUGUUUCAUGACUUGCAAGUCGAUCAUGCUAAUGCGUUAUGUCUCUUUUCAGAUUGAAUGAGUUCUUUGGCAUUAAUUGAACACUAAUGAAAUUUCAUUUUUAUAAACAUUUCAGAUUUGCACGAAGGUGAGACCAGCUACUGAUGAGGAGCUACCAUGUUCCUACAUUGAGGAAUUUCGGUAGGAAUUCUUCUUGAUUAGUCUGCGGGAAGCUCUGGAGUGUUUCAAGUCUUGAUUACUAUGGCUAUGACAGUUUUGUGUAAAAAUUAAGGGGGAUAGCAUGAGAAUACUUAAACGUGCAUUCCAAUUAUUAAAGUGAAUAUGGGAAUGCAAUCCAAUUAUUCAAGUCCAUUUUUUCGAACACAUUGCAACUUCAUACGUGAUCUAUGACGAGUUCCCCUAUAAUUUGGAGGUGCAUUGUGUCAAUGUGAUUUAGGAAAUGUGGUUUUCUUUUUUCUGUAAUAUGGCUAUAGAGGAGCCACCAAGAGAAAGCGUCUUUUUUCUUCAAACUAUUCUUAUCUUUUUGUCUUUUCUCUCUUUCUCCCCACUUUCAUGGCAGGGCUCCUUUGGAUGCUGAGCUUUGCAAAUAUGUUGACGAAACAUAUUCUAAAGGCACCUGUGCUGUUUACUGCACAAAGGGGAAAGACGUGGAAGGACCAGGAGCAGUUUUCGAAUUUACGGUGGCGAUUUCGGCAACUAGGCAAAGCCCACAAAAUUUCUGGUGUGUCCAUCAACAAAGAGUUAUCUCAUAAUUUGUAAGUUUAUUUCUUUAGUAAAUUGGAGGGAUUUGUUUUCUUUCACCUGUUUACAGUCAUCCCGUUGUCAUUACAUCUAUUAAUGGACAAUUUAUAUUGACCAGACCGAGAAAAAAGUUUGAUUUAUAUGCCAAAUUUUUCUGUCAUCCCUCUGGAAGGUAAUGUUAAUAAAAAGUUAGUAUGAUGUGCUCUAAUGAUUACGUUUCCAUUAACUGGCAUUAGCCCUCAACUAAUUAUGUUCAGCUUCACCUUGAUAAUUUCGUCUUCGUUUUGAGUUUUGGUUUGCUUGCACUUUAUCAUCAUUAACCAUUCUUCUGAGGCAUUCUUAUGUGCUUCUUAUCAGCUGAUAGUCAUCAAUAAAAUUUAUCCCUCUCUCUGUGUCCCUUUUUAAUUGGCAGUGACAGCAAGAAAAUGGACAUCUUUUGGUAAUUUCACAAAUAUGAAUACUGAAAGACUGAAACAUGUUUAAAUCGGCCUAAGUUGGUGAAGCUUAUGCCAUUGGAGUGUACUGCCUGCUUCAGAUAGGAGAGCUCAAGUGGGCGAGAUACUACUUUUUCUUUUGUUUUAGUAAGCUAUGCAAACCAACUGUAUCUUGACAAGCUCGGCUAACUUAGGUUCAAUAAGAAUCACUUUUAACAAAAGUGGCAAUCCCCUUUUUCAGGUGUGAGGGUAUUGCCAUAUGUAUCCCCAUGUAAGGUCCUAGAGACCUCUAAGCAUCUUACUGAACUUAUAAAUACAAAUGAAUGAUGUGAUACACAGCCUACAUGACAUCCAUUCCAGAUUCAUGAAAUUAUUCAAAAAUGCCAUUGACACCUCUCAUGUAAUUUUUGAGGUAAAUUGUGAAAUAGCAUGGUAUCAACUGUUGACACUGGUUUGAUAAUUUGUGUGCCUUCAGUGAAAGCCGUUGUUUUAUGCAUCUAAACUUCUAUUAUGGAACAUUAACUUUCCCCCCAUAAACUUCAGCAACGGGAGUUGGCGUUCAAUUUGGAUUGUGGAGUUCAAGGAUGAUUUGCAGGUUGUGGAACUAAAAGGCAAAUUGCAGGUAUUUAUUUCCUCUUCAUAAUUCUAGUUAAGAAAUUAGCUGCUAAGUACACAGUGUACAGCUAAAAUGAUCAAAUUAAAUCUUUUUACGGGUAACCUAGUUAUGCUGCCGCUUAUAGAGCUUCCUAUUUGCCAUUUGUGUGAUCAUUUUUUCUUGAAGGUGAUCUACACAAUUGUCAUAUUGGGGUAGACGGAUAAAUUUAUAACCAGUGGAGUUCUGGGCCUUCAAGCAGGGGAUCAUAUGAUCAGAAGCACGAAAAAACAGCAACAUUACUGACACAGAGGCUAGAUACAGGAAGAAUAGGCUAUAUCAAAAGUUGAAUGCCUAUCAUAUGUACGCUUUGGUUUAAGUAUAAUGACUUGAAUGCUGACUAAAUGGUUCUUGAAUUUUUUUUUUGUUUCUCUCGUGCAAAAUCUCACAACGAGAGAGUAGUUGGUGACGUUGCUACUUUGGAUUUUGAAAUUAUCCUCUACAUGGAAUCGCUGAUGUCACUUGUAAGAAAAGAGAUGCCUAUGUUUUACCAGGAAACCGAUCCAGAAGAUGCACGUUUAUACGCUUCUGGCUCUUCAGUUAACACUCUACGCUAGAAUUGAUAAGUAAAUUCUAAAAUCUGUGGGAAGUUCCAAUUUCACCGUCAAAACUGGUGUCCCCUUAUGCUUGCACACCAUGGAUUUUAAGGGUCUAUCUCUGCCACAUUUUGAUACUUCAUAAGCUGUAAUUCUCUUGAAUGGCAUGGCCUUGUGAGAUUCUUUAGAUGCUAUACCACACCCUAAGUAUCUGACGGCAUCGCUGAGGACAAGUGGAGCCACUAUGCCUAAGGCGGAACAGAACACAAGAACAUGAUCCUUCAAUCCUUGUACAACAGAAUGAAUGUCUUUUAGAAAAUGUCCUCACUAAUAAGUUAAAUGGUUCUCUAACUUUCUCUUCCAGCAGGUCUCCGAAAGUUGUCCACCAAAAUGUGGAUUGAUGAAUUUUUUAUGAGAUUUUUUCAAGGGAUUUGAUCAAUCGUCUGUUAGAAAAUAUCCAGAUCAUGGCAUUAGUUUACUCUGGAAAGAUCCUGAGGACUGUUAUCCAUAUCGAAGUACCUGGCCAGACACUCAAUUAGCAGAGUUUGACGGCACUCAAUUCAUAAUGAAUGUUCUUCUCAUUUGAUAACAUUCUGAUCAUUCAUAUGUUUCUUUUUGUUUCGUUUGUAAACAUUACUACUGACUUAAAUUUAAAAUAAAGUAAUCAGCAAUCUGUUGGAUAAUCUGUAUCCUAUGAUUAAAGACAUGACAUAAAAUUCCCUGCCAUUCAAAGGGAGAUGAAUCUAGGUCGUUAUAAGUGGUUUUUUCCCUUACCAUGGCUACCAGAAGGUGAUCCGAAGUGAUAUUUGCUAUUAGAUGCGUUUGUGCGGUGGAAAGAUUAUUUUUAAGGAUGGAAAGUGGUGUGCUUGUCCAGACUUUCUCGCAUUGAGUUGGUGCUUGCCAUCCGUAUCAUAUUUUUUACCUUACCUGCAUAGUGUUAUUUUGAUGUGAUAUAUAGUUUUAUCACAGGUAGGUGCCCAUUAUUUCGAGGAAGGAAACGUGCAGCUAGAUUCAACUAACGAAUGCAAGGAUUCCACCAUGGUCCAGGUUAGGAAAGACUGCAUUGUUAAUUCGCGUUGAAAUCAUUUUCCGGUCAGAAUCCUAUGUAGCAAUUGUCAUAUUUUUUACAUGAACUGUGGGGUACUGCCCAUUUUCGCUUCACCGGGACUUACAGUGGGGAAAUCUUGUAGCAUAUACCUUCACUGUGACGUGGUUUGUGACGGAGUUGGGAUUUAAAAUGGCUCUUCCAGAUUUUAUUCUAUCCAGCCUGAUUACAAAUGCAACAUCCUUUUAUUUUCUUGCCAUUUGCUUUAAUUAUCCAAGACAUUUAUUCAACCUGAAAAGGAGUUUUAUCAAUUUACCGUGCUCUCUUAAAAUACGCCUACAUCUUUGGCAAUAGUGAGGGAGUUUCCCAUGUCUCUACUAGGGGAACUGGUUUAUCUUCGAAUUCCACCCACCGUCUAUUGACUUUCAUGACUUACAAGCGGCCAUAUCUCCUCUUCAGUCUCCAGAUGACUCCGCGAUUUCAAUAGCAAACAUAAUUCGGCACCACGAAACAGAAUAUAUGGCUUCUCUUGAGGUUUUUCUCUUAAUCCCUGUCUCUUUGUUAGUUUAUCUGAUAGAUCGAAGAGUUAUGUUAGGGAACACACUGAUGUUUGAGGAUGCAUGCAUGCAGGGAUCGUACUUCAAUCUUCCGGAUACCACUUUCAAGGUACUCGUGACAUGCCCGAUUAUUUUCAAUUACAAUCCUGAGCUAAGAAGGCGUUGAUCUUCUUGAGGGCAUCAAGCUUUCAUUUCUUUCUUGCACCACGCAGUGAUGAUUUUCAUCUGUGACUAAUUAAUGACUACAGGAUCUCCGGAGGAAGCUUCCAGUCACCAGAACUCUGUUUCCAUGGCACAGCACUUCGCAGUUCAGUCUGACCAGAGAAAUCUCGAAAGAGCUUGGCAUUGGAAAGUAG